AAAUAACAGCUUCAGACUCGGAAGAUGAUCAAGGAGGGCUUUCAGGAGACGUUCUCCAGGACGAAGAAAUGGAUGCUGGAGACGAUGCAUCGGACGCCGAAGACAUCGGCAUGGAGGAAGAAGGGGAGGACGAUGAGGAGAGAGAAGAGAGGGAAGAACGUGAGCGACAAGAAGAGCUUCAUGGAGGUGAUGAUAUCGAAGAUGGGGAGAGCGACGACGAAGAUGUUGGUGCAGAUGACAAAAUGGAGCCCGACGAAACGACUGAGAGGACAAUUACAUGCGGAGAUGAAAACUCGACCCGUCCUCACGAGGGGCAGACAUCAUUUAGAUCACCGGCGACAGUGAGUGGUGGCGAGAGUCACUACGACUCAUUCCGUCUCUCCGAUGUGCGCGCUGCCGUCGUCGACUACAACCGCAUUACCAAAAAGAAAGUUCCCGUCUGGACGAGUCGCGGCACAUUUUUCGAAUUCGAACAUGUUGCGGAGUCUGCGAGUGC